CAAUUCUGGUCCUCUCAGUCUCACUCAAGGUAGUCAUCUAUCUGACGCAAAAUGGGGAAGAUAGGCACAAAGUUGCCAAGUUUCUGCCUGAACCGAAUUAGGCCUCAUGUUCGAGUUCGUUCGCCGCCUAUACAGUCGAAACCAGAUGCUGUAGAUAUCACUAAAAAUGGUGGGAGAGCUGCGAAUUCUGGCAAUGCAGGAGAAGAGAAAGUUAAAGAUGGUGGUGGAGCUAAAAAACCCGGGGUGGUUUUUGCUAGGAAGAUCAUGAUUGUGGUUGAUUCAAGCAUUGAAGCCAAGGGAGCUUUACAAUGGGCUCUUUCUCACACUGUUCAGAACCAGGACAAGCUUGUACUGCUUCAUGUGACCAAACCUUCAACUUCAAAACAAGGUGAGGAUAUUGUAGCACCAAGGGCUUAUGAGCUUGUUCACUCUCUGAGGAAUAUGUGCCAGUUGAAGAGACCUGAGGUACAAACUGAGGUUGCAGUGGUGGAAUUAGGGAAAAAAGAGAAAGGGCCAACAAUAGUGGAAGAGGCCAAAAAGCAAGGGGUGGCACUGCUGGUUCUGGGGCAGAAAAAGAGGUCUACGACGUGGCGGCUGCUGAUGAUGUGGGCGGGGAGCAACCGUGUUGGUGGCGGCGGUGGAGGUGGUGGGGCGGUGGAGUACUGUAUACAGAAUGCCAGUUGCAUGGCAAUUGCUGUGAGGAGGAAAAGCAAGAAGGUUGGAGGGUACUUGAUCACUACAAAGCGCCAGAAAGAUUUCUGGCUCUUGGCUUAGUAAAAAUAGUACUUAUCAAGCAGAAAUUUACGUAUGAUCAAGUAUUUAUAUGAUAGUCUAAUUGGAUUGUAGAUUAUAAAAGCAUAUUGAACAGUGAAUAAUAAGGUGUGAAUGGAAAAGUGUUAGUCAUGUCGUGUAAAAGUGUGAAUGAAAAUUCAGGCUAUUGGUGGCUAUUAUUGCUUUGAGA